AUGGGAAUCCCCAUCGGUUGGAAUAUCAAGCGCGACGAUGCAAAAGACAGGGACGUGCUGAGAGACGAUGUUAGCGGCCAUCGCUCUCCCAUCCGUCGCCGCCCCAGACCGACCAGAUCACCGCGACCUCAUAGUACCCUCGAGACUGACUUUUUGAUUUCGGCCUCUGCCUCUGCAAGCGACUUUCACUUGGUUCCGCGCCCCUCACACCGCUCGCGUCUAGCGCCUCCGCCAGUCCCCGAGGUAUCAAGGACCGACUACCGCACCCACGACGCCUCGAGAGAGCUGCCUGCGCUACAACGCGAAGAGAGCAGCCUGCGCCGCUCGCGCAAUCGCCUCGAUGGCUACAUGCGCGCCUGGGAGACACGCGCCGCCAUGGACAGCGAGCGCCCCAUUCCGGCUUUCACUCCAGGCUUUGCGCCAGCCUCUGCUUCGCGGACCUCUGUGCCAGAACUGCUACGUGACACACGAGACCCCUCACUCAUGCGGGCAAGGGCCUCGUAUCGCCGUGCUGUUGACGCGCGAUUGACACGCUCGCGAAGCCCACGUGCCGACGCCUCGUCUGCGCGAGGCGAUACCGCCAUUUCAUCUGAACACGGCCAUGAAAGCAGUGGCGACAACACCGCCGGCUUCCCCCCACUUCGCCGAAUGGGUCGCCGUACCAUCGCAGAUGGCCCACUGCCUGCCAGCUCUUUGCGCGAGUCGUGGAGUCCAGUGCCUGCUCUUGACGGUCUGGGCGACAGGAAUCGCAGCCUCAGUCCUUUCGGCGACACACCGCUAUGGGACAGCUUCCUUACGACUGUAGUGGAUGACCCUGUCGCACCAACAGCAGCAUCUUCUUUUGCUUCAGCUGCAGCCUCAGCCUCGUUCUCAAACUCGCAUCCCAGCUCCCGGGCUGGGAGCUCAAAUUCGGCAGCCUCAUCGCAGACACACGUUACCGUCCCUUCGCGCCGCCAAUCACCGCCGCAGAACGAACAAUUCAUGCGUGCUUGUGACACCUCGGAAGACGAUUCGGCUUCAGACACCGAGGAGGACAUGGACGGUGACAGCACACGGCGUCGUAAUACCACCGAAGCCCUCAGGAAUCGCUUGGGUGCCUCUGACCCAGCGCCACCCCGCCGCAGGAUACGAGCAUCAUACUUUUCUAAUGAGCCCCCGAUGCGGGACACAGAGCGCUACUCGCUCCGCGUCAUCGACCGAUCGCGCGAUGCGAGUGCAUACGUCCGCAGUUUCUACAGCUCAGGCGGCGCGUGGCGAGAAAUCGAGACACGGGACUCCUUGAGGCCUCAAAAUUCACAGCUCGACGGACCUAUCGAAGAGCCGAUCAACAAUCACGAGGAAGAGGCACCCCCUCUUGUCCCUGCUGAUGCUGCGCCGUUGGAUCAGGAGCUCCGCGAUGCGCGAUCAUUGCUUGAGCGCCUAUCGCGCCGGGAAGAUAUUAGUGAUGACUUCUGGGCUUCCGUUGGCUUGAUACGUUCUUUUUCUGAUCCCAUCGAGCGCUUCCAAGAGCUCGAGCGACUCUGA